GAUCCUGCCACCCCAAUCAAAAUAUCUCAUAGAUAGAUAGAAAACCGAAAUUUGUUUUUUUCCAGGAUCGCCAUUUUAAUAUUUCAACGGCAUUCAUUUUAGCCUUCCUAUACACUACUCUGCCUGCGUGAUGGCAAAAUCUUGUUUUUUAUAUUUCGGUACAUUUAUUAUAAGACGGCUUAACCAAUACUUUCACCUGUCAAAUAAAAAAAUGCAAAGGCUUUUCAUAAAAUUUUGAACGGCGGUUCUACGCCAUACAUGUAGCUUGAGUUAAUGUCGUCUGUCCCAGCAUCGGGAAAUUAAAAGAAUUCCAAAGGGACGGACAGUAAUGAAGGUGACAGGACGUCGUCGCUCGAGACACCGGGGGACAGUCCUACGUCAUCGGGGAGUUUCACGCGGCGUCUGUCACGAGCCCUUCCGGGUUUAGGUAAUCCCCACAUUUCCUCUCGUUAACGCGAAUUAAACUGGACGGCGAAAGCGCCGCCGACUAGUUGGCCCACGAGAGGCAAAGGCUGCGCACGUUAGAGGGAAUUACCCUUGCAGAAGCAGAAAAAGAUGUUAAUCACCGCCGCUUUGCACGUGUCAAAGAUUGCUUAGUUUUCUGCUAACGAGUAAACAGAAAAAGUUUGUGGAUAUGAUGCAGAAAAGAAAUCAGAUAAAAUUAAAUCCCGAGGUUUUUUAAAGAGCAAAUCCAUACGUUUGGCAAAGUGCGUUUUUUCUUCAAAAUAAGAAAUCGCAUAUACGGUAUAUCUGCUGCAUAAAAUAGCAAAGAGCGAGGCGUGGGAUUCCCAGCGAGAUGACUCCUCUGCAGAUCGCGCUUUGCCUGCUCGUAGCGGCUGCCUGGAAAGUGUCCUGCGAGCUGCGAACGGCGCCUUCACCUGCCGCGACGCCGGACUCCGCAUCGCCGAUGGCAGAGGGCGCGCGUUUUAACCGGAGCUCGAACCAUUCGGCGCCCUUCGGCUCCCGCAUCUACUCCAUCGCCAACGACCUGCCGACGCUGAAGAGCGCAGUCAUCUUUAUAUGCGCUUUCACCGUUUUUCUAAUAAUCUGCCUGGUCAUCAAAAUGUACAGGUCCGGGAGGAAGAUAAGGAAAACACGAAAGUAUGAUAUAAUUACCACUCCUGCCGAACGGGUGGAAAUGGCACCUCUCAACGAAGAGAAUUAUGAGGAAGAUGACUCUACCAUUUUUGAUGUGAAGUACAGGUGAAGGAAUCAAUCAUGGGACAUUCAUCGAAAAUAUCUCAAAGUCUGUACAGGAUGCAAAACCAUGGACUGUCGUUGUGUCGGUAAUUUUUGCUUUUUUUCCCCUUCUCCAUCCUUUUGUUUUGCAUUUUGUUGUAAAACGCAGACUAACGAGACAACCCAGCCAAUUACACAACAAACCAGCGGGUUGACCAUGAGGACUAUAAGUCGCUUCUUUUAAUGGCUGUCUCAACCACUAUGUGAUUCCACCACCAAAUAUCCUACCAGCAUGUCCUUUCUGGCUGUAUGAAGCGAAUUACAGUGUGAGCAGGCAAGACCCCUCAAUGCUCAAUUCUCAUCAGGCCUCGCAGAGCAUAAAUGAUUGUCUUUGUGCUUCGUGUCUUGCAAUAUGAAUCUUUCAUAAGAAGGAUUUUAAAGUCAGUGAUGCAGGCAGUCUGAGAACUUACUAUUUUUUUAAUAAGUUCAAGUUUUGUGAUUUGUAUAUGUGGGGGGAAAAAAAACCAAGUAAAUAUUGCCAAAGGUGUCACUUGCAUGUGGAUGGUGAAGGAUUCUUUCUCUGCCUGGAAAUCUCAUCCCCUUCGAAUCGUUUGCGUACGUGGCCAAACCCUGCACGCCUGGCAAAUUUAAUUUGUGCUUAAUUUAAUCUGUGACCAUGGGCCUAGGCUCAAGUUAGACCUUAUCUGCUAUUUAUCCAGACUGUCCUCAUUAUUGCACGAGGUAAAAUGAGCCGCUGUUUGUUCCCUGUGAUCUGGACGUUUUCCCGUAGGCCCUCGUGCCGAAUGGCUGAGGGGCGAUAUUUCCCAGAAUGCCGUUUUUUCCGGAAAUUCGCCAUACUUGGAAUAUGUAAACAACAUUGCUGGGAUUUCAGAUCUCCCAGCAGAAUCGGCGCUUUGCAACCAGAAGCUCUGAGAGUCUGCGGUGGGAUGAUACCAGAUGUAUAUAGUUACACAUAUUCCGGAGAUGAUGAUUUAUAUAUUAAUGCGUAUUUUUGUGUUGUGAUUCUAUGUACCUAAUUUACAUUUCCUGAUAUUCAGUGGUAUAAUAUAUGAUGUGUAAAUUCCUGUCGAUGGUCUUUGACUGGAAGAAUAUUAUCUAUACACUUACAGAGCAGUCAUAGUGUUCAUCCCCCCUCCCAUGCUGCUAUGUAAACCAAAGCUGGAAGUGAAUUCUCGGGGGGGGGGAGAUUUACCUAAAGAAGGAAAUUCCGAAGAAGGGCUUUGGGGAGAGCAUUUCAAUCAUUGUCCCACUAUUUUUUGUUGUGGGAAGGGGGGCAGUGAAGAUGUUCUAUAUUUUGUUUCUGACACCCCCCCCCACACUAUGUGCACUACAAAAAAGUAAUUUAAUUUUUCAAAAAAAAAAUUAAAUGUUCAUUGGUUUAUAGAGUAUUUAUGAAUUGACUGUCCUGUAGAAAACUGGAAAUUCCUUCAGAAGUGCACUUCCGCAUCAUUUACCCUUCUGCAGAACUGCCGAAUAAACAGCAUCCAAAUGUAUCUCACCUGAGGAUUUGUUAAUGAAUCUUUACAUGUCUGUCAGGACAAAUUUCAGACCUCUGAAGUACUUUUGGCUCAGACUGGACCAAUCAUACAAGUGACUGGAUGAUGUCUUAAUACCUCCAACUGCAGCCAUCCAUCCAUCCAUCCAUCUUCGACCGCUUUUCCGGGUCGGGUCGCGGGGGCAGCAGUCUAAGCAGGGAAGCCCAGACUUCUCUCUCCCCGGCCACUUCGUCCAGCUCCUCCGGGGGAAUCCUGAGGCGUUUCCCGGCCACUUCGUCCACAUAGUCUCUUCAGCGUGUCCUGUGUCUUCCCUGGAGCCUCUUCCCAGUUGGACAUGCCCAGAACAUCUCACCAGGGAGGCGUCCAGGAGGCAUCCUGACCAGACGCCCGAGCCACCCCAUCUGGCUCCUCUCCAUGCGGAUGAGCAGCGCCCCCCAACUGCAUUUAAAGGGUUUUUUUGCGUUGGUGCCUUUUCAGGUCAUAUACUAGUUAUGUUACUUCUGUCCGUGUAGAAAAAGCAGCACACUUACCAGCUUGUUAUGCUUAAAUAACCACUUAAGGGGAACAGAACACUGAGCCUGCCUUUCUGAACGCUUUGUAGUAUGUCCAUCAGGCUGGUCAUGAAAGGUACAUUCAUAUGCUCUUGUUUGUGAUAAGACUGGAUCUCUGCAGAGUGGUGCUUGGGAUUUGGAACUGGUGUUGGAGCAGGAGAAAAAGCUGGUGUUUUAUAAGCCCAAUCCAGGUGUUUACUGGAGAUCCCCCUUCCCCCCCCCCCCCCCACCAGUUUAAAUGUCAUUUGUACCCCAGUGAGUAAGCGAAUGCCUCGCUGCCCUCUUGCACGAUACUUCCAGAGCCUUCUCCUUCCUGUGCUAUGCUCACGUCAGCACCAGCCACGCUCUGUCUACGUCUUUGCUAGUCAUUUUCUGGCUUUUGUCACACUCUUCCCAUUAAAUCUAAUCCUGUAUUCGACAUUGUGGUUCGUGUUACUGUGCUGUACGAGCUGUUAAUUUGUAUGCAAGUGAAUCAGUCUCUACUGAUGGGAAUGAUAUCUUCACCCAAUAAAGUAUAUUUUAUGGUAUUAAAAUGCCUGGAUAUUGGUGCAUGCCAUUUGUGGUAUGUAGUAGAAUUAGCUGGGGUUUAAUGUAAAGCCAUCUUUAGGCUGUUCAUGUGUCUGUUUUUUGCUGAUGUCGCAGUGUAUCGGAGAACAUGAAGACAUCACCCCUGCCCCCCCCCCAGCCCCUUUUAUGUCCUGGUAUUAGGUUCUUGCUUUUCCCCAAACAAACAGUAGGAAGUUCUUCAUCAAGAUCACAGUGUGUCCAGAUGCAUAAACCGAAUAAAGAUUCUUAUAAAUCAG